AUGGAUGUGUCCCAGGACCAGCCGUCAGACUGGAGCACAGUCCAGCCAAGCUUCUCUCCACUGCUGCAGUACGACGACUCUCAGGACAGUAUCAACCACACCUACAGCUUCCACAGCUCUAUAAUGCUACCCUCCACUCUCAGCUCCCCCACAGCCUCCCUCCAUCAGCCUCUGCCCUCCCUGCUGCCCUCCUCCCUCAAACCUUACUCCUCCCUCAUCUCCUCCCCUUUAUUCUCCACCCCCUCGAUCUCCACGUCUCAACAAACAUCCACUUUUGUCUACCAACCCUCCACCUUGUCCACCUUUUCUUCAAAUGACUUGGCCAACCUGGAGAGCAUGCUGCUCUGGACUCACCACGAGCCCAGCACAAUCGCUCUCACCAUCAUGUACUGUCUGUCUUUCAUUUUGGGAUUUGUUGGGAAUUUAAUGUCCCUGCGCGUUCUCACCAACAGGCGGAGCCGGCGGCUAGCUGGCGUUAGCGCCACACGCAGUCUACUGGUGAACCUAGCAGUUUGUGAUCUGGCUGUGGUGUGCGUGUGCAUGCCUAUCACCCUAGGAAACCAAAUCUACACCUCCUGGGUCUAUGGUGACCUCCUUUGUCGUGCAGUGCCGUUCACGCAGGCUGUUUCAGUUUCAGCCAGCGUGUUAACGUUGACUGUGAUCAGUGUGAAUCGCUACUACAGUGUGCGAUCACCACUAAGAGCUCGCUCCAUGUUUACCCGCCGAAGAAUCUUGGCGACCGUUGCUGUAGUGUGGAUAAUGUCUUCGAUCAUGUGCGCCCCUAUUGCAGUGAUGAACCAGCAACAGGAUAUCACCUUAGGGACAUUUGCCAUCUUGGUCUGUCAAGAGACGUGGCCUCAGGAUCAACUCAAACAGGGGUACAAUGUGCUGUUGUUUGUGAUGCUCUACUGCCUGCCAGUGACCUUCAACCUCACCAUAGGCUUCCUAACUGGCAGGCGACUUUGGGGUGGGAAGAAAUCCGCUUUCGCUGAUCUCGAUCCUCGCAGCCAGGCUCUGCACACCUCACGCCUCAAGACGCGCCAAAAGAUCGCCAAGAUGGUGGUGUGUCUUGUGCUGCUGUUUGCCAUGUCCUGGCUGCCGCUCUACUUGACUGACCUUUGGAUCGAUUGCGAGCAAAAGCCGCCGUCUUGGCUUCUGCAGACACGGCCGUUUGCCCAGUGGCUGGGCCUGACAAACUCCAGCCUCAACCCCAUCUGUUACUGUUUUAUAGGGGAUCUUUACCGCUCAGCCAAAGUGAUACGGACACGAUACUACCAGAAAGUGGCCGCUCUGUUCAGCUCCUCCUCAUUCUCCAGCUCAGCUGCAGUGGGGUCUCCAGCCACAGCGAUUACAGACACCAAAACAAGCGUAGCUGAGCGCCACCAUAUUGCUGCUGUUGCCGUGGCAGUGUCUGCACCCAUCGUUACAAUCCCCAGGCUGCUAAGCUUGGCUAGAAGCCAGGGACUGGGGCAGAAGGUCGCAGACAGUUCAGACAGCCGAGCAGGAUCCGACCACAGUAUCUCAGACUGGUGUCGGUCCAGUCCCAGUGUGUGUGACAGCUCCUUGUUCCCCUGCCAGCUCCACACACUCCAGCCUUCCAUACAAAAAGCAGACUUCCUGCCCACAAGAAGACACUCUGUGAAUGAGAACGUCGCUUCAUUACCUUUAGGAAAAGUGGAAAUAGACGUGCUGCCUUUGAGAAGACAUUCAGGGGACAGAAUUUAUGGUCUGUCAGCUGAUAAGAGAGACAUCAUUACCAUGGGUAGAGAUGCUCUUGGUUGCACUGGGCAGUGCAGAAACAGAACAUCACAAACCUGCUCUCUGGUAGGCGACAGGGAGGAUGAAACCACCGAUAUGACCACCCUGUGA